CCAUGCUACGAAUCGCUCCCCAAGGCGUUCAACACCACCACCUCCGAUAACCAAUAUCAAUAAUUUUCUUCAAAAUCCGGAAUUCAUUCAAGGGUUGACAUCUCUUAUAGCUCGAGCUAUGCCCAGAACUUCGAGCACCGUACCGUUACCUACACCCUUCCCCACGAACCCAACAGAACAACCAAAUCCUACUCGUCACAACCAAGAAACACAUAUAGCA